AUGACGACAUCAUUGCUCAAAUCUUGCUGCUCUACCUUGAAGGGCUUCGGAACGGUAUCUAUCUUGAUGAACUUCUUGCUAUAUGAACUGGCUGUCAACUCUGACGUCCAAGAUCGACUGGCUAAGGAGAUAAGAGAACAUCACGCUCUUAAUGGUGGCAAAUUGGACUACGACUCUCUGAAAAGUAUGCCGUAUCUAGACAUGGUUAUAUCAGAGGUUAUAAGACUGUGGCAUCCAUCUAUCAUCCUAGACAGAGAGUGUAACAGAGAUUACGACUUGGGUAAACCCAACAAGGAUGCUGAUAAUGAUUUUAUUAUCAAAAAAGGAACCAAAAUUAUGAUUCCAAUUCAUGCUAUACAUCGUGAUCCUCAAUACUUUUCUGAUCCGGAAAAGUUCGAUCCCGAACGCUUCUCUGCGGAGAACAAACAUAAAAUGCACCCAUCGGCAUAUAUUCCUUUUGGAAUCGGACCGAGAAAUUGUAUCGGUUUAAGACUCGGCCUGUGCGAGAUGAAAGCGAUUACUUACCAGAUUCUGUUAAAUAUGGAAAUAUUACCAACGGAGACAACUUGCAUCCCUGCCAAGCUGUGUCCCAGCUCUCUAAGCCUCAAGUUGGAAGGUGGACACACAUUAAGGUUUAAAUUAAGAGCUCACACUUGA